GUCCUUUUUGAAAGCGCGUCUGCGUUGGCUUGCCGUUUUCUUUUUUCUUUGUUGUUUUUGUGAACAAAUAACGAGGUCGUGUCAUAUCGUUUUCUUUUUUUUCGUGGGUGAAGUGCAUCUCGGUCCCCAUUGAUAACAAUUAUUGUUGCUUGCACCGCUGUGCCUUACCACGCACACACACACAUCCGCACACACGCAUCAGCAGCCGCUAGUGCUGUCUCUGCAUCCCCUUUCUUUUUUGAAGAUUUGUGUACGCGUCGUCAAACGCCAUGGAAAGUCACUUCGACCUGGCCUUCUAUGGAGACGCCAUCCUCACAUCGGAUGAUGACGAGCCCGAAGACGCGCCGCAGGCAACGCUAAAGCUGCUUGGCGACUUCCCGGAACCGCUGACGGAGCCGCAGCGUCGUGCCGUGCUGCGCUACGUGUCGCAGCAGGUACACGAGUUUGAGCUAGUGCGGCGGCAGGUCGCUGUGGUGGAAUUGGGCUAUCUGGCCCUGCUGCGUCUGGUGAAGCGUCUCCGCAAAGAACAGGCGAAGCUGCAGGCCAGCCUGGACGACGAGGGAGAGACGAAGAUGAAAACACCAACGACGGCUACGGAAGCAACCAACGCCGAUUCGGCUGCUGCUGCCGCUCCCGUCGCAGACGUCACAUCUUCAACUGCAACGGUGCCGCAGACGCAGGACGCAAAGGGAUCGAGCAAGUCCGCUGCAGCACCAGCAGCAACAGCAGCAGCGGCAACAACGGGGACCGCGGCGUCGAAGGAGUCCGCUGCCGGGCCGAAGCGCCGCCCCGGCGGGCUCCUCCUCCGCUCUUCCGUCUUCAGUGGAAUGCAGCGUGUUUUGCAGGCGGCAAAGACGGAGCAGCACGAUGCGAAGGCAGAGCAGCUGGCGAAGCAGCGGGAGCGCAUCGCGAAGGAAUCACGGCUACAUUUGGUCUCGCAGGACCUCGCGUCGCAGGAGGCGCUGCUCGAGCCGCUGCGGCGUAAGUACCACUGGGGCGUCGCACUGGCGCAGGAGGCGGCGGACCAGGCCGGUCCUCUGCUGACGCUGUUAGAGGACAUGUGGCGGCUAGAGGCCCUGUACCCGGCUCGCUUCUCAAUGCACGCCGCCGGGCACCUGGAGCCGCUGAUGUGGUCUCCUGGCGGUGGCGAAGGCGCUGGUGUGGGCGAUGGGAAUGAAGAAGCGGAGGCAGAAAAAGUUGAGGGCGCAGAGGCGUUGCGGCCGACGUCGGCUGCGUGUGCUGUGACAUCCGCUGCGGUGGCGUUUGUGGUGCCCUUCGCUCCCGCUCAGUAUUCGAGUGAGGUGGAGGAUUUGAUUCGGGCGCAGGUGGAGGACAUCAUCGACGAGUACUUAGCCUAUCGCGGCCGCAUCGAUCCCGUCUUGUAUCAGUUGGAGCAAGAGCAGCAGGCGGCCAAGGCGAAGAAGGUGGAUCAGUUGAUGGACCUCAUCGGCGUCAAGGGUGCGGAGGCAGGAGCGGAGAUGCUGGCGAUGGGUGGGACGGCCAUCGGCGUUGGGCGACCCUCGCACGUGUCGGCGGCGGAGCUGACGGGGAAGUCGGCGCAAACGAUGCUGCACAUCUCCUCUUCCGACGACGACGAGGAUCGAGUGGAGUCCGGCGUUGGUGGGGUGGAUGCGGCGGACAAGGACCGCCAGGACAGGGAACAAAUUCGCACCGCUCUCACGGCGCUGGAUGACUUCGAGGAUGCGUAA